GUGUCUAGUACCUAUGCAGGCUGUUCUCGGGAGACAAGCAGGAAGAAAAUGAAACAUCUGCUCUGCUUCCUGGUUUUGAUCCUCAUUUCUGGAGUAGGAGGCUUUGAUCUUGUUAUCGACGAAAUCCCAGAUGAAGUGGAAAAUCUGAUUGACCUAGAAAGUGAUGGAUUUCCUUCAAGCUCCAAGAUGAGAAAUGGCAGGUACCAGCGAAGCACAUCUGACUGGGGGUAUGUUGGAGAUCUGGUGGAAGACGAUGACAAGAUAGGUCUUUACAGCUACAAAGUUCAAUCCACUAUAACAUCACGGUUGGCCAACACAAUGAUCCAAGCCAAAAUGGUGAAUAACGCAAAACGGUCCCAGCACAUAGUGUUUGAUGUACAAGUCCCCAAAGGAGCUUUUAUUGACAACUUUACUAUGGAUGUCAAUGGUAUAACAUUUACCAGCAAAAUCCGGGAAAAAUCUGAAGCCAGAAAAAUGUACUCUCAAGCAAAAGCCAAAGGCAAAGCUGCUGGAAUAGUAAGGAGCAAUGCCUUGGAUAUGGAAAACUUCAAAACUGAAGUGAAUGUGCCCCCAGGAACAAGGAUCCAGUUUGAACUUCACUACCAUGAAAUGAUUCGAAGGAAACUGAGCUCCUAUGAGCACGUCAUCUCUGUGAAGCCAGGACGCUUGGCAAAGCACAUGGAGGUGGAUGUCCGCAUUAUUGAGCCGCAGGGACUUCGCUACGUGCAUGUUCCUAAUUCACUCGGAGAUCAUUUCGAUGGAAUCACCACCAUCUCCAAGGGGGAGAAAAAGGCUCAUGUUUCUUUCAAGCCAACGAUGGCUCAACAACGAAAAUGCCCCACGUGCUCAUCCACAGCAGUAGAUGGAAAUUUUGUGGUGCAAUAUGAUGUGAACAGAGAAACCACAGGUGGAGAACUGGAAAUUUUUAAUGGCUAUUUUAUUCACUUCUUUGCUCCGGAAAAUCUUGAUCCUCUGCCCAAAAACAUUUUAUUUGUUAUAGACGUCAGUGGCUCGAUGUGGGGACUGAAAAUGAAACAAACCAUCGAGGCCAUGAAGGCAAUAUUGAGUGAGCUCCGUGCUGCUGAUCAGUUCUCCCUUAUCGACUUCAACCACAAUGUCCGAUGCUGGAGAGAUAAUCUAGUCUCAGCCACCCCAGCGCAGGUUGAAGAUGCUAAGAAGUACAUCCAGACAAUCCAUCCCAAUGGGGGCACAAAUAUCAAUGAAGCUCUUCUCCGAGCCACAUUCAUCCUGAAUGAAGCCCAAAACUUAGGCAUGUUGGACCCUAACUCAGUCUCCAUGAUCGUACUGGUGUCUGAUGGAGAUCCAACAGUAGGUGAGCUAAAGCUGACAACGAUCCAGAAGAACGUGAAGCAGAGCAUAAAAGAUGAAUUCUCUCUCUUCUGUCUCGGGAUUGGGUUUGAUGUAGAUUACGAUUUCCUGCAGAGAAUCGCAACUGACAACCGUGGCAUGGCCCAGAGAAUUUUUGGAAAUCAGGAGACUUCUGCCCAAAUGAAGAAUUUCUACAACCAGGUCUCCACCCCACUCUUGAGGAAGAUUCAGUUCAACUACCCCCAGGAGUCAGUGUCAGAUGUCACCCAGAGCAGCUUCCACAACUACUUUGGUGGCUCAGAGAUAGUAGUGGCUGGGAAGGUCGACACGGAAAACCUGCAGCACUUGGAAAGCAUCGUCACAGCAACAGCAGCAAAUGCGGAGCUCGUCAUGGAAACCCUGCGAGAUGUUGAAGAACUGGAUGGCUUCAUGAAGAAAGACAAAUAUGCAGAUCCCGAAUUCACUAGGAAGCUGUGGGCCUAUCUGACUGUCAACCAGAUGCUGGCAGAGAGAAACACAGCCCCCACUGCAGCUUUGAAGAGGAACAUCACCAAAUCCAUCCUACAGAUGUCUCUUGACCAUCAUAUUGUUACCCCCUUCACAGCCAUGCUGAUAGAGAAUCCUGAAAAGGAUGAGAUAAUGCUGGCAGACCAGCCCAAAGACCCCAGAAGGGGCUGCUGCCCAG